AAUAGCACUAGCAUUCAGUAGUGUCUGUGAUAGGAAGAGCGUGAGAUGUCUCGUCUGACUUGCUAUUUUAUUUUUGUGAUACAUUUUUAUAAUGUAAAUACAGCGAAUAUUCUUGGUUUAUUUUCACAUACGGGCAAAAGUCAUCAUAUGGUUUUCGAACCUCUGUUACUGAAGCUUGCAGAGAGAGGGCACAAUCUCACAGUCGCGUCAUUUUUUCCGGCAAUUAAUCCACCCCCUAAUUAUCACGAAAUAAACUUCCAAGGUUUAUACGAAUUACGGCUAGAGUCGUUCGAUUUAAGCGCCCUGGAAAAUACUAAUAUUUUCAAGAAGAUUCCUAGAUUAGGAAGCAUUACAUCGCAAGUGUUACAAUUUCAACCUUUUGUAACUGCAUCUUUGGGCAUAUGCGAAAAGCUCACUCAUUUUGCGCCUUUAUUGGAAGCUUUAAAAGGGGAUUAUGAUGUUGUGUUAUUAGAAAAUUUUACAAGUGACUGUAUGUUAGGUCUUCUUUAUGCGUAUGGAAAAAGUGCACCGAUUGUGUAUAUGCUGUCAGGAACACCUAUGCCUUGGACGUCGGAACGAAUUGGUGCUGACGAUAACCCAUCCUAUGUGCCUCUAAUCACGGCACCAUUUUCAUCGCAAAUGACGUUAAUGGAUCGACUAGAAAAUACAUUGUUAAAUAUCAUAUUAAAGGAGUGGUAUUAUUACGAGAUACAAACUAAAGAAAAGUAUAUUUUGGAAAAAAAAUUUGGAAAAAUUCAGGAUUUACGUGAGCUUGGUAAAAAUAUUUCCUUGAUGCUUACGAAUUCUUACCAUACUCUCAAUGGAGUAAAACCUGUUUUGCCUGGUAUGGUGGAAGUUGGAGGGUUGCACUUGUCUUCUAAAAGGGAACCCCUGCCACCGUUCAUAAAAAAGUUCCUUAAUGAUUCAAGCGAUGACGGUGUCAUAUUAUUUAGCUUCGGGUCGCAUAUAAAAACAAAGUCAUUACCAAAGUACAAAGAACAAAUUUUUGUCCACGCGCUUUCUAAAUUAAAGCAAAGAGUUAUUUGGAAAUAUGAAGACAGCGAUGAAGAGGGAUCUCUUGCGGGUAACAUUCUUCGAGUAAAAUGGUUACCGCAAUACGACUUACUGCGUCACGAAAAAAUCAUUGCAUUUAUUUCCCACGGUGGCUUGCUCGGUAUGACCGAAGCGAUGGCUGCAGGAAAACCAAUGAUAAUAAUACCCAUAUUCGGAGACCAACACUCUAACGCGGCUGCCGCUGUCGAGGCCGGAGUUGGCAUCGUGGUGUCUUAUGAGGACCUCAACGAAGACACUUUGAGUAAUGCUCUAAAAACAGUAAUCAGUGAUACAAUGCGAAAACACACAUCUCUCGUGUCAAAAAUUUGGGCUGACCGGGAUAUAUCGCCUUUGGAUAAAGCUGUAUUCUGGACGGAGCACGUGAUUCGGUGGGGAAAAUCAACUCACCUUCACUCCACAGCACGAAACCUCACAUUCUACCAACUAAGUCUACUUGACGUCGCUGCUAUAAUCAUCUUUACCAUUACUUCAUUACUAAUUGCAACUAUUUAUUUAAUAUAUAAAAUGAUACAUAUUUUUAAAAAAGAUACUAAGGAAAAGUUGCUUUAGACAAUUAAUUAAGAUUAAGUUUUGAAAGUACC